CUAUAAUUGAUAAUAUCUUAUCGGUUUUUUACAGUAAUUCAGUGAUAACAUAUUGGACUACAAAACUGAUAAUUUUUUGGAUUAAAAAAAUUCAUGUGCAAAUAACAUUAUUUUGUAUAGGUAAAUAAAUCAAUAUUAUUAUGAGACUAACAAAUUGUUUAAGAGACUUUAAAAAGGUAGGAGAGCUGACGAAGAAGUAUGCGAAUUUGCCAGAUAAAUAUAUCGAACGUAGUAUGGAGAAGGUAAGUGGAAUUGUUCAGGAAAAAUAGCCUGCCAUUUUAUUUAAGUAAUGAUAAAUGUCUUAUAGGUAGUGUGGAAAACGCCUCAAAAUAAUCCUCGUUUUUUGCCGAGAGUUGUUAAAAAGAAAAAGUUUAUUUUUACAGAGGACAGACCUUGGACGUUGGCAUUUGAUAGUAAAAAUAGUUUAAGUAGUAUUGAGUCUAAAGUAUUUUUGGAACCAAUUAAAGAUUGGUCGUUUUUCAAAGGAGAUAGGGUCAGUAUUGAAAACAUGAUGGUACCUAUUUUGAGUUCACUAUAUAAUCCUUGUUAAUUAUAUUGUGUAGGUUGAAAUUUUAGUCGGACCUGAUAAGGGAAAGCAAGGAAUCGUCGGGCAAGUGAUCCAAGAAAGGAACUGGGUAAUUGUAAAUGGAUUAAACUGUAAAUUGGAAGAAGUAUCUCAUUAUAAAGGAAAUGUGGCAAUGGUUCAAUCAAGAGAGCGUCCACUAUUAGUGACCAGUGAGGUCGCAUUAGUAGAUCCAUCAGAUCUGUAAGUAAAUGUAACAUUAAUUUACCAUUAUUAAUAGUACCUAUAGGUACUUAUAUAAUUUUAAACAAUUAAUUCAUUUUAUUUGAAUACUUCUAGACAAGGUUGUAAGGUCGAAUGGAGAUUUACCGAGGCAGGCGAAAAAGUACGUGUAUCUUCAAGAACUGGAAAAUUAAUUCCAAUUCCAUCAUUGGCAAAAGAAACUUUCGAUUACAAAACACCCAAUACUUAUAAAGGUUAGUUAUGUCAGUAUUUUUCUUUUUAUAUGACUUUACAUUUCACAACAUCCAGUGUUAUGAAUUCAAUAAUUAAUUGUAUGAUGUAAUAAGGAGUUUAGAAAUAGAAAUUAGUAUUUAUUUUCAUAGUUUAAACUGAAUAUAUAAUAAAAGCAUACUUUUAGUAGUUAUAAGUCUCAUGUUUGACUUCUGGGAUUAUAGAAUUGAUAAAAAUAUGUUAUUACUUGACAGAGUAUCAUUUAAAACUACCAAUUUAUUAUGCAUAAACUAAAAUAAUAUUUUUUUACUUAAAUUUAUGGUAUUCAAUUUGUUGGUUAAUGGUUAAAUGAAUUAAAAAUUAUUAAAACUAUUACAAGGAAGAAAAUUCAAUAUUAGAAAUUAGUAAUUAACAAAUUACACUAUACUACAAAAAGUAUUGACAAUAUGAUAGUACCUAUAUGACAAUGGUGUUAGCAUGUGCGUUUGCAAAUGCCCCAUUAAAAAUAAAAUGUCAUGUACUCGUGUUACUUAUGUAAAAGAAAUGCCCACACCAAUACUAACUACUCAAAAUCAUUAUCUUCUUGUUACUGCGUUAGUCUUGAUAACCGUAUUGUUUAUUUAGUAUCAAAGUUAUUUGGUCAGGUAGUCGCUCUAACAGAUAAGUACUAAAUUUAUUAUGUUUGUUUUGUAGUGUUUUUAAUAUAAUUUUAUUUUUAGAAUCUGAAAAAGACACUAAAACGAUGGAUGUACAAGAAAUAACUUUCUUACCUUUAUUGAAAACAUUUGAAAUGGAAAUUAUGGAUGCAAUGGGUAUUACCGAAGACAGAGUGCAAGCUCCAACUCAUUGGUAUUGAUCAUGUAGUGUAUAGAUAAAAUAGUUGACUUGGACUAUUAUAAAUAUAUUAUGUA